AUGAAGGAGCUAUACGAGCCCCUUUGGGAUGAUAUAUAUGAGAAACUGCGGAGCCAGAACCAACGUAUUCGAGCCAUUUGGAUUGCAGACGUUGCUCAACAGGGCCAGAGUGGAAUUCUGAACGAGUCAAUCUUAGGAAAUGAUCCUAGCUGGUAUGAUCAUGGACGUGAUUUGCUUGUUCUGCUGAACCAAUUUAAGAUCCCCCAGCCAGUCGUCGGUGUGGGACACAGUAUGGGCGGAACGCAACUAGCCCAUCUUUCCUUGAUGCACCCAUCCCUUUUCGAGGGUCUAAUACUCGUUGAUCCAGUAAUCCAGCGAGAGAACGCCACUCGCAAAUACGUUCUACUGUCGACAUAUAGGCGUGACCUUUGGCCUUCUCGCAAACAAGCAGCGGAAAAAUUCCAAUCAAGUCCCUUCUAUCAGGCAUGGGAUCCGCGUGUGUUGGAGAAAUGGAUCGAGUUCGGACUCCGGGAUCUUCCCACAAAGCUACAUCCCAACUCAAGCAACACGAGAGACCCUUCUGUUACAUUGGCUACAUCCAAAGCACAAGAGGUUUUUACCUUUUCGCGAACGUCGUAUAUCGACAAGCGAACUGGUCUGCCCCGUGGGAACCCAUUCGAGGACAUGCAUCUAGACGACAUUGACGACCUGCCUUUUUAUCGCCCCGAACCCCCACAGAUAUUUCGCCGCUUGCCGGAGCUAAAGCCUAGUGUUCUUUAUCUGUUUGGUGAAACCUCACCCCAUUCAUAUCCGGCUGCUCGCCAAGAGAAAUUACGAACAACCGGGACAGGGGUGGGAGGUAGUGGUGGUGCGUCUCGUGGUCGUGUGCGAGAAGUUGUUCUUCCUUGCGGUCAUUUGAUCCCAAUGGAGCUCGUUGAUGAAAGUGCACAAGCCAGUGCCGACUUUAUCGGCUCCGAAAUGUUCCGCUGGAAAUCGCGAAAAUCCAAGUUUCAAAAGGCUUGGGAUCAAGUUCCGCUUGAUGAGCGGGUUGCAAUUGAUGAGCAAUGGGAAAGCCAUAUCGGCGCUCCGCCAAAAAGGUCUAAAUUUUGA